AUGGCAUCAUCGGCAUUGUUUUCGGCCUCAAGGCGACAGACACUGACCUAUCUAUUGGCAGUGUGUCCCUUCUCUAUCGCGUUCCUAGUAUUCAUCAAUUCUUCCGUCUCCUUCGUGGUCACCGAUCUCAUUGGACUGCAUGAAGGCGAGGGCGAUGCCGUUGGGACACUGGGGUUCGCGGAUGAGUUGCUAGCACUAGCAGCGUGUCCGCUGUGGGGUGUUCUUUCGGAUCGUAUAGGUGUGCGACUCGUGUGUACGCUGGGUUAUGCAAUUAUUGCGGUUGCGUUGGUUGUAUUCGUGCAGGCCACGAAUGUAUACCCGCAGCUUCUUCUGGGCCGGCUACUUUUCAGUGUUGGUGGGUCGGCUGUCUCGACUAUGGUUACCGCGGUCUUGCCUACGGUGACGGGCAAGGCGUUCAGAAGGCAGGCGUAUCGGGCUUCUGUUUCUUCGGAGCUCACUAUCACUCCGGAUCGAGCUCAGCGUCAUCUAGCGAGCCAGGGAGAUUCCAAUUCCGAGGUAUCGCCAUCUGCCCGGCUUUCUGGGUUCGUUGGGUUGUUCGCUGGAUGUGGUGCUCUGAUCUCGCUGGGCGUGUUUCUUCCACUUCCAGCCCGGUUCGAGAAAAUGGGCCUCACGCCGGUUGAAGCUUUGCAGCGCAGCUACUACCUGGUAGCUGUGGUGGCUGUGAUCAUCAGCUUGGUCAGCUUUAUCGGUCUUCGUGAUCUUCCUGGGGAGAAGGAGAAAGGGUGGAGUGCCCUGUGGAAGACAGAUUCUUCGUAUGAAUCGGAUGAACAAGAUAGAGAGGAAGCUCAUCCGGCAAGAUUGCCGUACUGGAAACAGUUGACCACCGCGAUGCUUCUGGGCUUCCGCAAUCGCAGCAUCGGACUGGGGUAUGUCGGAGGAUUUGUCGCUCGGGCGUCCUCGGUCGGUAUCUCAUUGUUCAUUCCUCUGGCCGUUAACCAUUACUACCGCGAAUCGGGUCUAUGUCACGAGAACUAUGAACCGAUACCAGGCUCCGGUCUGGGUGAUAUCAAGAAAUCGUGUCCGCGCGCGUACAUCGUGGCAUCGAUUCUGACCGGGGUAUCUCAGCUGGUUGCGCUAAUUGCAGCGCCAGCGUUUGGCUACCUCACAGACAAGUCUCGCCGAUACAAUUUCCCACUUCUCUUCGCAGCUCUCGUUGGAGUAGUGGGAUACUUGGCAUUCGCACUGAUGCCCAGCCCCCAAUUCCAAGGCCCCGACGGUAGCUUUGGCGUGUUUGUGAUCAUGGGUCUUGUCGGUAUCAGCCAAAUUGGUGCGAUCGUCUGCAGCUUGGCAGUGCUCAGCAACGGCAUCCUGCGAGUCAGCAUCGACGACGACGCGCUAGGGAAGAUCUCAGAUCAGAACGAGGAGGGCAGCGGGGAUGGCGAGGACCGCCCGCUCCUAGCGGGGUCUGUCAACCGACAGCUGCAGCAUCUAGCACACUUGAAAGGAUCCAUCGCCGGGGUGUACUCGCUCUACGGUGGGGCUGGAAUCCUGCUGCUCACCAAAGUGGGGGGACUUUUGUUCGACGUCUUGUCCGCCGGCACGCCAUUCUACAUCAUGGCGGGAUUUAACGGAAUCCUGUUGGCGACGGGUAUCGUAUGUGGUGUUAUGAACCAUGUGGCUCGGGUCACAGUGUAA